CCCGUGCAUUCCGUGUCCACCCACCUCACACCUACCAACAAGAACGAGUAUGCGUCGAAAUCUAGCUGCAUCGAUUCGGGUCGCCUGUAUAGUCUCUGUCACCAGGCUGUUUCUCUUGCUGCACAAUAUCUGUACAAUCUUUAUUCUGACGCCGCUCGAGCUGGCGAUUGCGCUGCUGAGACCGCUAUGUCCACCUUCUGUGUUCAAAACCCCUGAAAGCGAGAGAGAGGCGGAUGAUGAGCAGGUAGAUGAAUCCACCGAAGCUCCUGUGCAUUCUGACGCGAGAGCUCGCAAGGCUCGUGCUCGUGCUGCUACCCUCCCGAGUACAUCAUCUCGACCUGGCGACGACGCUUCGGUCUCUACAUAUCCGACAGCUCCUCAGCCGACUCCACGAGAAGACGCAUAUCUCUCUGACUCUGAUGCGAGAUCACAACGACUUCCGCUACCGAUCAUCGAGGACGCAGGAGAUUCUCCUCACAACCGCAUGCGCCGCUAUCUCCGCUCUUCCUUUCCUCGAUCGUUUCUGCCGCACUCUCGCUCAGAUCCUAACGUCUCUACCCUCUCUCACCGUCGUGUAACUUCCUCGCCGAUAUCGGGGGUUGGAAUACCGCUGCCGCCUAGUGGAGUAGCUACGCCUGCUUCAUCUACCAUUCUACCGCCAGGUCGCCGCUCCACAUCUCACAGUUCCUCGACGGCCGCGCAAGAACUUCCUCCUUCUUCCCCUCGGGCGUCGGACACCAUCAUACUAACCGACAAAAAAUUUAGCGCGCUUUGUCAGUCGAGCUUCCGCAAUCUCCGCCAUUCCCGCAGCGGCCAGUCUGACGAUGGUGACUCUGAACAUCCCGUCUCUGCUACUGCGUCGUCAGUAUCGUCAGCAGCAGUUGAAGAGGUGAUUGGUGAGGAUUCGCAGACUUCGCGAUUCGUCCGAUUUUUUCAGGUUAAGAGCCGCCAGCCAGUUUCUGAAGGCGAAAGAAAUGGCGGUAGUGGGGACGAGUCUGUCGUGUUUAGUAUGAAAGAAGCUAGUAGUAGCACUUCUUCGCUCGGGACCAAAUUGAGCACUGCGUUCAGGUCUAGGAAACAGCAUGUUCCUCUCUGCGAAGAUCCGGAACCGACCCGUUCGUCUUCUGGUACUCUCGAUCGUGUUCCGGACGAUGUCUCUAGUACUCCAGGAACAAGCUCACAGCCUGAAUCCGUCGCAAGCUCGGAAGCUGCACAACCUCUCUCGCACGCUCAUCCACUCAAUGAAGACUCGGUCUCAUCACCGUCAUCCUCAUUUUCACGUCGACAUCUGCGUCGAGUAAUCAAACCGCCUCGAAAUCCUGUGUGAUACCACUGUUGACCGUCUGUGUCUCACUUCUACUCUCUGUUUAUUCUGUACAUGUAUAUAUAUUUCUCUGUCACGCUGUGCCGGACGGUUAGUUUUCAGAAUAUUUGAUGGGUCUCAUUCUGCAAAUCAAACUACGAAUAGAUACUCUAAAUUGCUCUUAAGUAUACAUGAGCUACGCUGGAUAUCGUUGGACGACGAC